AUGUCUUACAACGAGUCUUCGAGGAUGGGGCGCGAUAGGGAGAUGAAGAUUCGCAUGGCCCAAGAGGCCCAGGCGGUUAUCGAGUACGAGGAGGAUCCCCAUCGCGCCGCUUUAGAGGACAAUCCGGCAGAAGCGCGCGUGAGCAUCAAGACCUGGAUCGCAAUCUUCUCUAUGGCCUUCUCCUUCGGCCCAGCUGUCGGACUCGCUUUCCUCGCAGUUGCAUCGAUCGUUGUCCCAGUCACCAACGAGCUCGGUGGGCAGGAAUCUCUGGCCUGGGUUGUGGGAUCAUGGUCUCUUUCGACGGCGUGUUCUUUUUCUCUCGCUGGGCCGCUCAGCGACGUUUUCGGCCGCAGACUGCUGGUCCUCGGCGGCCAGGCGACUGUCGCCGUCGGAUGCAUCGUCGCAGCCACAGCCAACAACAUUUCCAGUCUCAUCGCAGCCGAGACUCUCAUCGGCAUCGGCACUGGCUUCGUCUUCGUCUCGUACGCCGGUGUCCCCGAAAUGCUCCCAAACAAGUGGCGAUCCCUUGGCCUGGGCAUAUUAGAGUCUGGCAUCGCGGUUCCCUGGGGCAUCCUCUCCGUCCUCCUCGGCAAUGCUCUGCUGAAGUAUGCAUCAUGGCGUUGGAUCUUCUACCUGGGCAUCAUUAUCGAGGUACUCGGUUUGAUCGGCACCGCAUUUUCGUACCAUCCCACUGCCAGGCCGCGGGGCGACUAUGACAAGACUCGCCUGCAGCAGCUUCGCGAUGUCGAUUGGAUUGGGCUGUUCCUGUUCACCACAGGUCUGGCCGUGGCCCUCAUCGGCCUGACAUGGGGCGGCACACCUGCAUACCCGUGGAAUAGUGCCGGUGCAAUCGCUCCCAUCGUCGUCGGCUUCGGAGUCUUGGCCUUUGGCUUUUGGUACGACUUCAAAAUUGCCGCACACCCGAUGUUCCCCUUGAAGCUGUUUGUUAUGUUCCGCCAGUACUCCGUGUUGCUGGUUGUUCUCUUUGUCUCUGGGAUGAACUUCCACGCUAUGUCAGCGCUACUACCCCAAGGGACCCUCUAUAUGUUUACCCCAGAUGGCAUUCAGAUUGGGGUGUUGUCGCUCCCCAAUACCUUGAUGAUUGGCUUCACUGGUGUGCUGGCACCCCUCAUCGCUCACAAGGUCGGUUACAUCAAGUGGCAACUCGUAAUUGGUAUGGCGCUGCAGGCCCUCUUCAUCGGCGCAAGCGCUGCGACUGUCUAUCCAAACGAGAAGCUCGCGUACGCCUUCGUCCCAGCAUUCGGAGUGCCCAUGUUCGUAUGGGUUACCAUCCUUUCUUACGCCAUUGCAAGUCUCCACGUCCCUCAUUCGAACUUAGGUGUCGCCAUGGGCUUGCUCGGCACUUUCAGAUCUGGCGGAGGUGCCGUCGGUAACGCCAUCUUCAACACCAUCUUCCAGGAGAAAUUCCGCGAGUUCGCAGGUGAAGAGAUUGCUGCAGCUGCCAUCGGCAACGGACUCAACCCGGCAGACCUUGGGAUCAUCAUUCCAGCAUCAAUCGAGUACAACUUGGGCAACCCGCGAGCGCUGCUCAACGUCCCAAGCAUUACCCCAGAGAUCCAGGAAGCACUCAAGGUGGCCGUUCGCACCGCGGCGGGACAUGCCUUCAAGAUCGUCUUUUACAUUACCAUCCCUUUCAGUGUAGUUGCGUUACUUUGUUCCCUGUUCGUCGAGGACCCCACCGUCUACAUGACUAACCACAUCCAAUCUGCGAUGGAUCAAGAUCAGAUGGGCCCGAAACGCGGGAAGGUGAUGCCAAGCCCUGAAGGCCAGGGUAUUGAGUUCGACAAUGUCAGGACAAUCCAUGUGGAGGAACACAUUGGAAAGAGUUGA